AUAGCCACGAAUGUCUUCAGUGGACUCCAUGGAUUAAUGCCGACCAAAAUACAACUGACGGUGGCGACUACGAGCUGAUCGGCUUCAAUCUGGACGUGGAGGGGAGCCGACCUGGCCGGGUGACCCGUGAGCUGGCGCGGAGGGGCAUCGUCUGCAAUAACCCCGUGCAGGUACAGUGUCGGGAGGCCUCCACCAAGCGUCACUGGUAUCAAACCGGAGAUGCUUCCAUAUCACCUAAGUAUGCCCGCUGCUCCCUCGCCGAAGGCAUGAGGUGUCAGAACAAGUAUCUAUCUCGCGGCAAAUGUCAUGAUUAUGAGAUCCGACUGCUCUGCUGGACGGACAAGUGCCGCCAUCUUAAGUGGACCGCCUGGAGUGAUAUCGAUAACCCCAGCGGCCACUGUGACUGUGAAACGCGAGCCGACACCCGGCCUGGCUGUCCUGAUGGACGCACUCCUUUGGAUAUCGACUGCCGCACAGUAGACGGGCAGCAUGCGGCGCUCACCAAAGACUUCCAUGUGGUGUGCGAUGUCAACGAAGGCAUGCACUGCUUCAAUCAGUUUCAACCCGGAUACGUGAAAGGCUCCUGGCACCCACUGUGUCUUGAUUACAAAGUUCGCCAUCUGUGUGGAAAUUUGUACACGAAGCCAAAUAACUCGGCCGAAAUUAUUUAUCCCAUACAGUUGCAUGAGGUAAAGUAUAAUCUGAGUGAUAUUCACUGGGAAGGGUAAACAGACGUGAGAUAAAGAUAAGGAGUCAAAGCUUCUGCUGGCAGUCAAAAAGGAAAACCUUGAAUGCAUUCCGUCAGCGAAUUUGGUCCUUUAUCUUUGUCCUCCUGAUCCCCGGGACGAUAAAAAGAUGUUUCGCCUUUGCUGAAAAAUAAAACAUCCCCAUGAGUAAAA